AUGCUUAGUCCCAAGCUCAAUGACGAAGACGUAGAGAAGAUGUUUGAAAUUAUGAAUGGGAUUUAUAAGGCUGCCAUGGAAUUGGAGACUCAUUUCAUAAGUGUUUCAAAAUCUGUCAACAAACAAAAUGAAAAGAUAGCCAUAGGAGAGGAGAUUUUGAAGCUGGCAUCGAAGAAGAUGGAGCAAACGAAGGUUAUGGCUCAGAAAACCCAACAUUUGAAACGGGAGAAAGAUAAGAGAAAUUGUUUCAUAACGACAGUAGUGAUCCUGGUAAUGAUCCUGGGUGUUGGCUGUUCAGUCGGUUAUCUCUGGUCUCUGUUUGAUAGGCAAAUUAUUAGAUGA